AUGAUGAUGGGCUGCACGGCGAUCAUGACCAGUGCGAGCCGCCACGCAAUGACCAGCCCCAGGGUGCAGGCUAUGAUUACCGCCGAGAAGGUCUGUACCAGAAGCGCCAUCCGAUCUCCGACGAGGGAUCUCACCUGAAACGGUAGCGUUUGAGCAAACUCCCCCGUGAGCGUGCGGUUCCCACGGGAGGCCACCCGUUGUAGACUCUCUGAUGAUCAAUGGAUAGAGACGUUUUGACUCACCACACUGGCGUCUUUGGCGAGUCGGGAACAGAUGGCACCGGUGGAAUUCUCGUCCUGGUCGAACCAGCCGACCUCGAAGGUGAGGAUCUUGGAGAGCAUCCGCUCUCGGAUUCGCUUCGUAAGUCGCUCCCCCAUGAAGGCGAAGUUGUAGUGCUGGCACACGUUGAGAGCGAAGGAUAAGAUAAAGAGGGCGACGAAGAUCAAGGUGUACAUACGGAUGUGAGACUUGAUGUCGUCGUGGUCCGUCAGAAAGUAGACGGAUAUCACGCUUCCCAUCGCGUACGCGUACGCCGGCUGAAUGGCCCCGAACAGAGCUGCGCUGAGCAGUCCCAAGGUCACCUGCUUCCAUUCGGGUGCGUUCAUCAUAAGCAGUCUCCGAAACGACGGGACCGGGAAGGCCUCAACCUCCGUUCCCUCCAACCUGCCGCCGCCAUCCUGCUUUACCGUCGUGGAAGCAUCCCUGAAGGAGCUUGCCGAGCUCGACCGGCUGACCCUCGACGACGAGCGCCUCCAGCUCAUGCUGUGGCUGCUUUGGUCCAAAUUAGUGCCGAACUGCGACGACAGAGAAGUCCCUCCACCCGCCGCAUUCGAGGAGGUCCCUUCUUCCCUGCCGCCCUUAGCGGCGUUCCGUUGCAGCUUCUCCAGGGACGCGUAGGCGCCAGUGGGAUCCCGGACGAGCUCUUCGUGGGAGCCGGACUCCACCACCUGACCCUCCUGGACGACCGCGAUCACAUCUGCAUUGCGGAUGGUCGAGAGACGGUGCGCGAUGACGAUGGUGGUCCGGCCCAUGGCCGCCAAGUCCAGGGCCUCCUGGACAAUGCGCUCCGACUCGGAGUCCAGCGCGCUGGUCGCCUCGUCAAGGAGGAGGAUCUUGGGGGCCUUUAUGAUUGCCCUGGCGAUGGCGAUCCGCUGCUUCUGCCCACCCGACAUCUGGACGCCCCUCUCGCCCACCUGCGCAGUACAGUUCAGGGUAAAACACUUGCUCAGACCCGGGCAAGUACUGGCACCGCCCUCCGCUCGAGGGGAUCAAGAUGGGUAAUUUGGAACGAAGUUAAUAAAACAUAA